AUGACUGGUACCAAUGCUCUGAAAACGAUCAGUGCUUUUCAAGAUAUUUUUGUCCAAAACGGACUACCGGAAGUUCUCGUCACAGACAAUGGACCGCCAUUCACAAGUCAGGUCUUCGAGGAUUUCUUGAAACAACGAGGAAUACACCACGUCCUCACACCGCCAUACCAUCCGCAGUCAAAUGGUCUGGCGGAGAAUUUUGUGAGAACUUUCAAGACUGCUCUACGUCGGUUCGAAGAGGGAGGUGACAAGGACAAACUUCGUGACUUUCUUUUUAAAUACCGAGUGACCCCGCAUGUCACCACAGGCCGCCCUCCUUGUGAGCUGUUGAAUAACAGACACUUUCGUUCUCUACUUGAUCUCGUCCGUCCAUCUGAGGUGACGUGUUCUGGAAGAGAUAGUCUGGCACGGGAGCGUCAAAAGCGAAAUUAUGACAGACGAACUCAGGACAGACAGUUCUCUGUCGACCAAGGAGUCUGGAUGUUGGACAACUCCAAGAAGGGACACUGGAAGACAGGGACGAUUGUGAGCAAGCAGGGCUCCGUCAUCUUUACGGUGAGAGAUGCCUCUGGGAAAGUUCACAGAGUCCAUAAAGAUCAUCUGAAACGGAGAGAAACUGUGGAGUCCUGGAGAUGUUCGAAGAACAUUCCCGCUUCCGAUGUACGAUGUCGCCCUGCAGCGAUUGACGAUCCUAACGAAGAGUUUCCCUUGCCGUUUCCGGAAGUGGAAGGGACGUCAAGCGGGACCUUUUCGCAGCUUUCUCAUUCCGACCGCCCUCAUAUCUUAUCGACAGAAGCGGAUCACAACGUCAGUCGCGCUUCGACGGAGCGUCCGAGCGCCGUCACGGGCAGUCGUCGCUACCCGUUACGCAGUCGUCGUGAACCAGACAGAUACGGUGUUGCUUAA